AUGCCGUCACUCUCAAUUGCAGGUAAAUUGGACCUGCUUCCAGCCGCAGCUUCUAUCCUGAUCGCCGGUCUCGCUGCUCUCUUUACGGGUCUGAGGCGAGACCAGACCGGUACACCAACCUUCCACCUGCAUGUCGCGUACGCCAUUCUGCGCAAGGCGAGCGCUCGCCUCUCUCCAUUACAGUUCCAGUGGAUAUCUCCGUCCACGGACGAAGCGUAUAAGCAAUAUAUGCAGUCACGAGGGGCCGCACCGCAAACAGUGACGCUGGAUCAUGGCGCGAAGGGCCAUUGGAUUGGCGACAAGAAUGCACGGAAUGUAUUGAUCUGGUACCACGGAGGGGGGUUUUGUCUGCCUGCCAACAUUGGUUACUUCAAGUUCUGGGAACGUCUCAUUCAGAGUGCGUCCGCUGCGGGCAAGGACCUUGCUGUGUUCGCGGUCGAAUAUACACUUGCUCCCAACGCUCAAUAUCCAACACAGGUUAUCCAAUCAGUCGAAGCCUUGCGAUACAUUCUGACCGAAACCAACCGUCCCCCGGCCGAUAUUCUGCUGGGCGGCGACUCCGCGGGCGGCAACCUGGCCGUUGCUGUUCUCUCGCACCUAACAUCACCCCAUCAGGCAGUAUCCAAACUGGACGUACGGGAACCACUGGCGGGGGUCGCCCUCAUUGCACCCUGGACAUCCCUUGACGUGGACGUAGACGCUGAAUAUAACUGUCUCGGAGACGUGAUCACGCCGGACGUUGCCAAACCCUGGUCGCAUGCGUACCUGGGAAGUGCGAAGCAUGAUUGGUACACCGAUGCCAGUACCGCCCCUUCAAGCUGGUUUGAGAAUUUAAAAACGCAGCAGAUUUUGGUUCUUGCAGGGCAAAAUGAGAUAAUGCUGCCGUCAAUUCGACAGUUCGUGGAUAAGGUCAAGACCGGCUUUUCGUCAGUGGAAUUAUUUGCUGGGCAUCGAGAGUGCCAUGUAUCCCCCGUAUAUAAUUUGUAUGUGGGAGACCACAAAGAAACACAUCAGGGGAAGAAGUUGAAGGACUGGUUGAGAGAGCUCCUCUGA